GUCAUAUUUUAAGAGGUGAUCUAAUCAAAACUUAGGGCGAUUACAUUUUAGGGUGGAAGUCUCCGUGACGUUUCACUUAUUCGUUUUCUCUUACCACCUCUCAGUUUUCUGAAAAGUGACGUGCUCCACACGCGCGACAAUGGAGGCGCCAGAAUUUUUCCCACCUUCUGAAAACUUGACGGCGGCUGUCGUGCACCCGCUAUGCGAAGAAUGGAAGGGGGGAUCCGAGGGUGCCAUCUUCCACCUCGCCAGUAUCUUCCUUGUUUUGGGGUUCAUGGGAGGGAGCGGGUUCUAUGGGCUCCUCUACUUGUUUACCUUUCUGACGCUCGGUUUCUUCUGCACAACCAUUUGGUCAUGGUCGGACGCGUGCACCACUGACACCUUUUUGUGGAAUUUCGCUCUCUUUGGGAUAUGUGCGGUUCAAGUUGUGCACGUCGCCUACCGGCUGAGGAACGUUACUUUCGAAAAGGAGUUUCAAGAUCUGUACAGCUACCUGUUCAAAAAGCUGGGGGUGUCGCUCACCCACUUCGGCAAGAUAGUCGCCUGUUGUGAAGGGGACAUCCACACUAUAGAGAAAGACCACUGUUUUGCCAUGGAGGGCAAGACUGCUAUUGAUAAGCUGUCCGUUCUUCUGUCCGGCAGAAUUCGUGUGACAGUAAACGGAGAGUUUUUACAUGACAUAUAUCCUUUCCAGUUUCUCGAUUCACCUGAAUGGGACUCUCUCCGGCCGUCAGAGGAGGGACUUUUCCAGGUGACCCUGCGUGCAGAUAAUUGCUGUAGGUACGUUUCUUGGAGACGUAAGAAACUGUACCUACUCUUCGCCAAACACCGCUACAUCGCCAAGGUCUUUGCGCUCGUGGUGCGGAAUGACAUCGCGGACAAGCUGUACUCCCUCAACGACAAGGCGUUCGACAGCCGCGGGUUCCGAUAUGAUCUCCGGUUACCCACCUACUGUCACGUGUCCCCGUUGCCAGAAUUAGACCGGACAGAUGGGUUCCUACGAGUCCCAGCGCAAUAUGACCGUGGCCACCGUGGCCGUGUCCCUAUAACUAUAACAGCACCCGAAGAGACUGACUAGUGACUGGAACGGAAAUUUUAAAUGUUUGUUUUUCAUUAAUGGAUGUUAUUUUUGUCUGUUUGUUAUCCUCAAGUCCUUAGGCUAUGGAUAUGGCAUAAGCUAUGUAGUUUACGCAUCAACAUAGAAUACAUUGUAGCACAUCAAGUAACCAUCCACUUGGUUUGCCAGGCAACCAUGCAAUAGGCGCACGCGUGUGUGUGUGUGUGUGUGUGUGUGGGGGGGGGGGGGGUGGGGGGGUUACAGUCGGUGGUUAUGAUACGAUUUCGUUACACACUUUUCAGUUUAAUUUCCAGCUCUACCACCACAGUAUCUCUCCAUUCUCUCCAAAGUAUCCACUCAUUCACUCCCUCUCAAGGAUUCAUAUGCAUUGAAUUGCUUUUAGAAAUAUGAUAAACACUUUAGUGAGUGAACGAGUCCACACAUCGUGGAGAAGGGGGAGUGGCUGUGGUAGUACAGCUGGGAAAGACACUGAGUAGAGUGGAAUAACAUCAUAUGACCACUAUGUUGGUGGUAGUACAGCUGGGAAAGACACUGAGUAGAGUGGAAUAACAUCAUAUCAUAUGACCACUAUGUUGGUGGUAGUACAGCUGGGAAAGACACUGAGUAGAGUGGAAUAACAUCAUAUCAUAUGACCACUAUGUUGGUGGUAGUACAGCUGGGAAAGACACUGAGUAGAGUGGAAUAACAUCAUAUGACCACUAUGUUGGUGGUAGUACAGCUGGGAAAGACACUGAGUACAGAGGAAUUAUAUCAUAUCAUAUGACCACUAUGUUGGUGGUAGUACAGCUGGGAAAGACACAGAGUAGAGUGGAUAUGAUAGGGGGGAUUUUCUCUACAUCAAAAUACCAGUGAAAUGUUACCCCCUGAUUCCUGUUUAUGUUUUAUAGUGUACUUUACUACCUGUCUGUCUUGAAUUGAGACUGUAUAUUCAAUUGCCUUACUGAGUUUCUUUUGUCAAUAUUUGUGUUGAAUCAUAAAACAGUAUUAACAAUGCAAUGUGGCCC